GCUGGGCAGAUAGCUUGUAGGGCAGCUGUGACCCCAGCACUGGCCAGAGGUCCUGGAGUCCUCACCCAUAGUUGGGGCCGAGCCUGCCGAUCCGGGCCGCCCCCUCUUACACCCACUCCCUGCACCAGAGCCCAACCUAUGGGCUUGCGUCUCCGCCUCCUUGGCUUCCCAAUCUCGCGGCUAGUCCCACCCUACCUGGCCCCAGUACUCGGCUGCUAACGCUACGCCAUCCUCCCUGCUCGGCUCCGGAAGGAGCCCUGGAAGCCAUGGAGGUGCUGGUCCUGGCCGGAUAUCGUGCGCAGAAGGAGGACGAGCUGAACCUGGCGCCUGGUGACGUGAUCCGGCAGGUGUGCAAGGGGCCCGCACGGGGCUGGAUGCGUGGAGAGCUGGGGGGCCGUUGUGGCCUCUUCCCGGAGUCCCUGGUGCAGGAGAUCCCGGAGACCCUCCGCUGCUCUGGGGAGGCGGCGCCGAGACCGCGCUGUGCGCGCCGCCGAGGUCGCUCAGUCAAAUUUCUGGGCCCCCGAAGAUGGUGCAAGGCAAACUUCAACUACACCCCGGAGCAGGCGGACGAGCUGCAGUUGCAAGCUGGGGAGAUUGUGGAAGUGAUAAAGGAGAUUGAGGACGGCUGGUGGCUGGGGAAGAAGAACGGGCAGCUGGGAGCCUUCCCAUCCAACUUUGUGGAGUUGCUGGACAGUGGGCCCCCAAGCCUUGGCAAUCCAGACAUCCCUUCAGUCAUCCUUGGCCCCCAGCGGCCUCCCAAGCUGAGCAGCCUGACCUAUGACAGCCCUCCAGACUACCUGCAGACAGUCUCCUACCCUGAGACCUACAGGGUCCUGUUUGACUACCAUCCUGAGGCCCCAGACGAGUUGGCGCUUCGGAGGGGCGAUGAGGUGAAAGUGCUGAGGAAGGUCACAGAGGAUAAGGGCUGGUGGGAAGGAGAGUCUCAAGGCAAAAGAGGACUUUUCCCGGAUAACUUUGUGCUCCCACCUCCCCCAAUCAAGAAGCUGGUCCCACGGAAAGUGGUAUCUCAGGAAUCAGCUCCUAUUAAGGAACCCAAAAAGAUGGUGCCCAAAACAGUCCUCCCUACAGCCAAGAAGCUGGUGACAGCUCCCACUGAGCCCAGCAAAACCAAGCCAUCUUGGACACCCAGCGGAGACAGUCAGAAGCGCCCCUCCCGAAACUCCAGCUCCAACAGCAGUUUCCAGCCUGGCAGAAAGCGAUCUAAGACACAGGCUUCCCAGCAACGCCCUGCAGCCAGUCAGGAUGAAAAGCAGAGCCGCCUUACAAAGGGCCCUCGUGUGAAUAAAACCCCAGUUCUGAACAAGACCUCCAGCCCAGAGAAGACACCAGCUCUGGAUAGGGCCCCCAAACCAGAGAAGACCCCACCUCCAGAUAAGACCCCUAGUCCAGAGAAGACUCUGUCUCCAGAUAAGUCCCCUAACCCAGAGAAGACCCCACCUUCAGAAAAGAUCCUCACUCCAGAGGAAACCCUAACUCCAGAGAAGGUCCCUACCCUAGAGGAGACCCCAACCCUGGAGGACAAGGCCCCCAGUCCAGACAGGGUCCUUUCUGUGCAUGAGGCCCAGGUCCCAGAAAUCCUACUUGAAGAAGAGGCCGCUGGUCCAAAGAUGGCCGCUCCGGGGGACGAGGCCCCCACCCUAGGAAAGGUCUUGACCCCGGAGCCUGUGCUCUCUGAAGAGGCCUCCGCCGGAGCCAACACUCAGUCCCAUGACUUCUCUCCGGAGGAAGACGCCCCGCCAAAUGCCAGGUCUCUUGAGGCCAGUGAGGCUCAAUCCCAAGAGGAGGUGCACAAGCCAGAGGGGCCCCCCCUCGGCAUGGUGAAACAGCCCCUGGAGAGGAGGGCCAGCUCCCCUCUCCAGUCCGAGUCCAACCCCAAGUCAGGGUCCGCGCCUGCCCACCCUCAGGCAGAGGCGACGACCCUCCUGGAGGAGGCACCAGCAAAGGCUGAGGCUACCCCCAAAGAGGAGGAGUCUCCCAAAGAAGGGGUGCCCUCCAAAGAGGUAACCCCUGCUCAGAAGAAUGCGGAGUCCCAAACACCUCCCACCCUGCUCUCCUCGGCCCCGCCAAAUCUCACAGACCGCAGAAGUGACGGAGACGACAUGCUGAGGAUAAAGGACCAGGUGGAGGCUUUAAGGAGGUCGCUGGAGCAGAUGGGGGUGCAGCUGGAAAAGAAGCUAACUGACAUCUGGGAGGAGCUGAAGAGCGAGAAGGAGAAGCGCCUACUGCUGGAGGUUCAGAUGAAGCAGAGGGACCGGGGCUCCAUCCACGCGCAGACGCAGACGCACUGAGGGUGGGCCCGGGAGGGACUGCGGCGGGACCUGGAGCGAAGUCAGGCUCCGGCCACCCACGUCCUUGCACACGUCUUCGGAAAACGCCGGAAAGUAAACUCAGCAGAGUACGCGC